CUGUCCAAGUUCCCAGAGAAGGGCAGCCCUUUACGGAGGAAGAGCAGCGUGGAGUCGUCAGUUGAGACUUGCGUUCUAAACGCAGCCUGGAAUUCCUUAACGCCUUUCUACAGAUAUGAAGGGUGUGAGGACAACGGUCUUUGCUGAGCAAAGGGACAGGGUCCAAGACCGAGGCCUGUGAAUUGAGACCACUGGGCUCUGGGCUCAUAAAGGUUGUCCAGGCUCCGGACUGCGUUUCCCGAUGUCCACCGUAUCCGAGGCAACGUUCUGCCGGCACACCGGCCCUUUCAGGACCAUAGGAAGGGUGGUGUGCGAGUCCCUGAAGAACAUCUACAGCUUGAGGGAACCGCAAAGUCGACAGUUGAUGAUGUUCAGGGAUAUAGCUGUAGACUUCUCUCAAGAGGAGUGGGAGUGCCUGGACAUGGAACAGAGAGAUCUAUACAGAGAUGUGAUGUUGGAGAAUUACAGCAACAUGGUCUCACUGGGACUUUGCAUUUAUCAGCCAGAUGUGUUCUCUUUGCUGGAGAAGGGGAAAGAGCCCUGGAUGGUUUUGAAGGAUGAGACAAGAGGACCUUGCCCAGACAUGCAAUCCAGGUGUCAGACCAAGGCAUCACCAAAAAAUGGCAUUUUUUACAGAGAAUCACCUCAAUGGGAAAUAAUGGAAAUUUGUAAAAAACACAGUCUUGAAUGUUUCUGUUUCAGAGGUGAUUGGGAAAGCAAAGGUCAGUUUGAAACACAACAGGAAAACCGGGAAGAAUGUUUUAAGCAGGUUAUACUCACCUGUGAAAAAAUUUCCACUUUUAACCAGCACACAGUUUUUAAUUUACAUCAGAGACUUAAUACAGGAAAGAAACUGAAUGAAUUUAAAGGGUAUAGGAAAGCCUUUUGUUCUAGCACAGGCUGUAUUCAACAUCAGUUAAUUCACACUGGUGAAAAAUUUUGUGAAGAUAAGGAAUGUGAGAAGACCUUUUUUCCUGAUUCAGAACUUACUCAACAUCAGACAGUUUACACUGCUAAGAAAACAUAUGAAUGUAAAGAAUGUGGGAAGGCUUUUAGUUUGCGUUCAAGUCUUACUGGUCAUAGGAGAAUUCAUACUGGUGAAAAACCUUUUCAAUGUGAGGAAUGUGGGAAGGCCUUUAGAUUUCAUUCACAAUUUAGUGUCCAUAAGCGUAUUCAUACUGGUGAGAAAUCUUAUGAAUGUAAGGAAUGUGGGAAGACCUUUAGUUGUGGCUCAGACCUUACUCGACAUCAGAGAAUUCAUACUGGUGAAAAACCCUAUGAAUGUAAUGAAUGUAGGAAGGCCUUUAGUCAGCGAUCACAUCUUACUAAACAUCAAAGAACUCACACUGGUGAAAAACCUUAUGAAUGUAAGGAGUGUGGGAAAGCUUUUACUCGUGGCUCACACCUAACUCAGCAUCAGAGAAUUCAUGCUGGUGAGAAAUCUCAUGAAUGUAAAGAAUGUGGAAAAACCUUUAUUCGUGGUUCAAAUCUUGUUCAACAUCAGAACGUUCAUGUUGGUAGGAAACCCUAUGAAUGUGAGAAAUGUGGGAAAGCCUAUAUCUGGAGUUCACACCUUGCUCGACAUCAGCGAAUUCAUAGUGGUAGGAAACCUUAUGAAUGUCAGCAAUGUGGGAAGACUUUUGUAUGGGCCUCAUACCUUGCUCAACAUGAGAAAAUUCAUAAUGAGAGAAAACCACAUGAAUGUAAGGAGUGUGGAAAGACCUUUCUUCAUGGUUCAGAGUUUAAUCGACAUCAGAAAAUUCAUACUGGUGAGAGAAACUAUGAAUGUAAGGAAUGUGGAAAGACGUUUUUUCGUGGUUCAGAACUUAAUCGACAUCAGAAAAUCCAUACUGGAAAGAGAUCAUAUAAAUGUGAAGAGUGUGGGAAAGCCUUUCUUUGGGGUUCGCAACUUACUCGACAUCAGAGAAUACAUAAUGGUGGGAAACCUUAUGUAUGUAAAGAAUGUGGGAAAUCUUUUAUCUGGGGUUCACAGCUAACACGACAUAGGAAAAUUCAUACUGAUGCAGAACCCUAUAAAUGUAAGGAAAGUGGCCAGAUAGUUAGUCACCAUUCAUAUUUUGCUGAACAGAAAAUUCACAAUAGUGAGAAUCUCUGUCAAUGGAAAGAUUAUGGGAACAUUAGUCACGACUCAGACUUUGCUCAACACCAGUGUAUUUACACUUUUGAGAAAUCCUGUGAACGUAAAGAUUUGGCAUUUUCUCCAGGCUCUCACUUUAUUUCACUCUUGUGAAAUCUUGUGAUAUAAAAAUGUAGGAAAAAUCUUUAUUCGUGAUGUCAGUUAAUUCCUUCUUUUGAGAAAACCCAUAGUGUAAAUAAUAUUGGAAGACCUUUUGACAAAGCACAUAACACACUCAACAGCAAAGAAUUCAUAAUGCAAUCUGUAUUAAUAGAGGAAAAGCAUUUCGUGAUUGGUUGUCAGUUAUAGAAUAUCAGGGUAAAGCUCUACAAAUGAGAUGAUAGUAUGAAUCCCUUUUGAAUCAUUCUCAAAAGAUUCUCCACAUCAUUGAUAGUAUGCUGCAUAGAAUUGAAGUCUAACUCAUGUAGGGACACUUUCCAUCACUACUUAAAUAUUGUUGUACUUCCACAAAAUCACACCAAAAGUGAAUUUGUGUUUUGUAAUUAAUCUGGAAAAGCCUUAAGCUAUGUCAUAAACUUAUUUGGUAUAUCUUAGUUUCAAUACCUCUUAUCUCCUAAUUUUUUGGAAAGUAACUUAAUUCUAUGUGUAUUUACUUACUUAUUAGAUUGUAAGGCUUAAAUGAGUUUUUGAGGAUUUAAAUGAUUUAAUGACCAUCAUUAAUAAUAGUAUUAGACCAUUUCUAUGAAAGGAAGACCUUAAGAGAAUAAUGAUUAUAGACAAAUAUGCCAUCUGUACUUAUGUCUUAUUGAACAGCAGAAUGUUAAUUCUGAAGAAAAACCAGUACAAUCAAAUGAAGCAACCGAAGAUUUGAUUCAGUGUUAAUUUCAUUUGCUACAUAAAAAAAGAGAAAGCCUUAUGGUUUUAGUGAAAGUAGAUUUGUUGAGUGCUCAGCAUUUUUAAAAGGCAUUUGGAAGUGAUUUGUUUCUAACAAUUUUCUAAAGCCAAAUGUCAUAUACAUUUUAUCACCAGAAUUAAAUUUUGGAAAUUAGAAAAUAGCCAAAUGAAUUCUGACUUCUUGGAAAUUUAGUACUACAUAUGUAUAAACAAUUUGCAGAUUAAUGAGUAAAUCAAAAGUGAGAUUACAGGCUAUUUGGAUGUGAAUGAUAAUGAGAUUCCUGUAAAUCAAAUCUUAUGAAUGUGACCAUAGCACUUAUCAGUGGAAAUUGCUCUAUGUAUAAAACCGAGAAGAUUGAGAGCAGUUUCUUUCUUUCCACCAUUGUAUCUCCGGCUCUUAGAAUAGUGCCUAUCAUAUUGUGGGUUACAAAUAUUUGUCAAGUUAAAUAAUGAUUAAUCAAACAAGCUAGAAUAAGAGCAAAUGCCUCCAAGUUAAUUGAUGGAAAGGUUUAAUGAAAAUAAUGCAAAAAUCAUGGAAUAAAGAACAAUACUGAAGGAUUUUUAUUUUAAAUCAAAAUGUUUCUUUGAGGAAAACUUAUUUGGCAAUGCCUCCACAUUAUAAGAAAGGAGAAAUGUGAUAUAAUCAUAUAUUUAGGGGAAUUUUUAAAGGUCAUGUAAAUAUAUAUAAACUAUUAGACACAAAUUUUUAAAUAUAGAAAAUAAAGUGUAUUUUCUAGGAAAACAUUAUCUUAAAUGAUUAAAAUUUGAGAGUAAAUAAAAAGGGCUAACUGGAAAAAAGUGUUUUUUUUAAAAAAUCAUGUAGGACCAGAUAAUUGUAUAGGCUACCCACUGAAGGAACAGAAAAUCCUAUGGAAAAGUUGUUCACUUGUGCUAAAAGACUAAAUAAAAUAAUUCUGAUAAUAAAAUUAGAUGUAGCCCUUGAACAACAACAGAAUAAUUUCACUCAUGAACAUACAUGAAAAAAAACAAUACUAUAGUCAAAUGAUAUUUACUCAGAAUUUUAACUUCUGAUCUGGAUAGGUGGUAAUUCUACAGGUUAAACAACAGCAAGAUAUGAUGAAAAUGUAACCUUCUCAGCUUAUGUGCAUUUUCUUGGUACGUUUUAGUAUUACAUGAAUUAAGGAAUGGUGAGUAUAUGUAUACGUAUUUAGCGCAUUUAUAAUUCAGUUAUUUAACAGUGGUUAAACAGUAUUAAGCGAAGUUCCCUCCCAAAUUAUUGUUUUCUAUGGAGUUUCACAACUCAUGAGGAAAAUGAAAAUUUUUCU